GCACGGCGGAACCUCCCGGUGACCCGGAUGUAGUGCGCUGUGCAGCCUCUAGGGGCGCUGUGCUGCCGCACGAUACAGGCCGUAACUUGCAGACGUUUGCAGUGAGGCUGCGGGGACGCCGUGUACGAUGAGACACUGAGCCGGUGACGUCACAUCAGCAGCCGCUUGUGCCCCCCUCCCUCUCCGCUUCUCCAGGCUGACAUGGCGCCCAUGGGCAUCCGCCUGUCCCCCCUGGGCAUCGGGGUGUUCUGUCUGCUUGGGCUCGGGGUGCUCUACCAUGUGUACUCGGGGUUCCUCACAUGGCGCUUCUCCUCCUUCCUCCUGGGGGAGCGGACCGCGGAGACCGUGGACCUGCGGGAGCUGCUGGCCGUGUCGGUGCGGGCUGCGGAGCUGGGCGGCGUGGAGGUGAAGGCUGUCCGGGAGAGCAAUAAGCUGAACGAGAACUCUAAGGGCAAGACCCGGGAGGGGGCGGACGAGAAGAUGACCCGCGGGGAUCUCCUGUCCAACCGGAAGAUGGCAAAUCUCAUUAAAAACUCCUUCCCCGGGGUGCAGGUAAAUACCGAAGAGCAUCUUGGUGAGGAUGACAAGGAGGCAAUCUACUGGGACCGUGUCGUACCCAAUGAGAUAAAAGAAAUCGUGAAGGAUCCUAAAGUGGUCCCUUCAGACAGUAUCACUAUAUGGAUAGACCCAUUGGAUGCAACACAUGAGUAUACAGAGAAUCUCAUCAAUUAUGUUACUACCAUGGUGUGUGUUGCUGUGAAUGGAAAACCGAUUAUAGGUGUAAUACAUAAACCUUUCACAGGGUAUACGGCUUGGGCUAUGGUGGAAGGUGGCUCAAAUACAAAGAAACGGGACUCUUACAAUGAGAAAACACCAACUAUCAUUGUUUCCCGAAGCCAUUCUGGGGCAGUGAAGGAAAUGACCCUCCGGACUUUUGGUAACGAGACCAAAAUAAUAUCUGCUGGAGGAUCAGGCUACAAAGUUCUCUCGUUGCUUGACGUGACUGGAAACGACCAAGAAACUGCUGACGUUUAUAUUCACAACACCUAUAUAAAGAAGUGGGACAUCUGUGCUGGAAACGCUAUACUGAGCGCGCUCGGUGGCCACAUGACUACUCUUAAAGGAGAAGAAAUUAUUUAUACAGGAUCAGAUGGAAACGAAGGGGGGCUGCUUUCAAGUAUCGGGAUGGACCACGAUGCCCUUGUUGAAAAGAUCUCAGCCAAAUAAAAAUGUCUAUAUCCAUCAUUACAACACGCUACAGGAUACAUGUGUGUUUAUGAGAACUGGAAUGAAGUCUGUCAUGGCACAGUCUCAAUGCGUUUUCAUGCAUACAGAUCUAAAAACUUGAUAUUAAAGUAUUUUUCUGCUGUAUAAGUCUGAGUUGAUGAAGCUCGGAGGCCAAAAUGAGUGCACUUGAUAUGAAUGGUUGUACCAAAUAAUUAUUAUGGAUGAUCAAAACGUACGAUUUACCAGAGAUGACUCCUACGGAAUAUCUAGAAUGAAUAUGAAAUUGUAUUUUAAAUACAAGAACAUUGCGUUGUUUCCACUCCUGACUUUGAAUAAUAAUAAGCAUUGUGCCUUUUUGCAUCACAUCACAGAGCAAAAUAAUUCAGCAAUUUAAUUUAUGCAAAAUUUGCCAUUUUUUGGGGGGUGGAUUACUGGAUUUUGAUCUCUGCUGUCCAGCUGGUUUUAAGGAUUUUUUAAAAAUAAUUAAAUUACAGUAAAUAUACUGCUUUUGGUUCAGCUGGGAGCAUGCAGACUUUAAAGAAUCACACAAAGUUCUACUCCCUGUAAAAUGUUCUUGUGUUUGCUAACUGUAAAGAACAAUUGACACAAUCUAGAUAUAACUAAAUAAUAUGUGAAAUACUUAAUGUUCUGAUCAUUUCCCAUUUGUUUUCUGUGUCUUCUGUUCACAAUCUUGCUGCCGUUUUAUUACAUUUUUUUAUGUUUAUUUAAGCUUUUUUUUUUUUCUAUGCAUAUGAUGUUGAGUUGUAUUUCUGCCACCAACGAUGGCUAAAAUUUUGGUGGAAUCAAAAUAAAAAUAUGAAUUUUUGUGAGA